CUCAAAUCUCAUCGUGCUUUGAUUUGUCGCGUCAAGCAUUCAAGUCCACAUUCGAUUUGAUUCGGGGACAUUGCUCAAACAAUUCGCCAAAUUCCUUUCAAGUAAGAGACAAAAUCGCCGGUGACUCAAUUAUUGUUACAUAAAAAAGUGUCGAAUAAAAAACAAAUUGCAAACAAUACCGAAUGCAAAACAAUGAGAGACAGAUAACAAGAUAAGAUAUUCAUUUAUGAUUACGGUGUAUGCAUUGGAACAAAUCUGAUUUACCUGUGGCAUAUUGUGUUACGUGCUUUUUUUUGAGUGAGCUGCGAUUUUCAGUGCAGACAGAAGCUGCAUCGUUCUUUUUUAUACUAAAAUUUACCAAAAAAGUGCAUGCUAGAGUGCAUGAGUGUGUGAUUGAGACCGACAAAUCGUGAAACAGUGAAUGAUGAAACUCUUGCAGAGCGUAUAAAUACCAAAAAAAAUAUGGAUACAUCGAAUGGAGCGCCGGCAAAUGGGUCACAACGUACUACUGAAUCCGUUGUGUGCGAGCAACAACAUCGUCUAAAUGUGUUUGAUUUGAUGAAAAUGGGAUUGAGUUCAACAUUUGCAAUAAUCAUUUUCAUUGGAAUUGGCUAUGUGGUGAAACAUGUUGCCGGACCAUCAAUUAUAAUAUCCAUUCUCAUCGCAGCAUUCAUAGUAUAUUUAGUAGGUACUUUUUAUACGGAAUUGAAUGAAGCGAUUGUGCUAUCGGCGAUAAAAGCACCGGUUCGAUUAUCACGAGUGGCUGACGAAACGAUGGCAGUUAGCCAAAGUACUUGCGCAGCCGAUUCAAUGGUAGUUGAAUGGUUGUUGCCAUCAUACAUUCUAGUUUAUGUAUGUAAUGGUGAAUUUGCAGCUUUUGUAAUUGCAUGGAAUUUAAUUAUGGAGUAUAUGGUGAUUGUGGCGUUGAUCUCGAAAGCAUUGAUUAUCUAUAUCGAUGCGUUAUUUUUCGACUCAUUGGACCAUUUGACCCAAAUCAUACCAAUGUCGUGGUAUUUGAGUGAAUAUUUUGAUGUGCUGGCACUUUUGGUGCCGAUCGUAAUUGGCGUGCCGUUGCUGCUGUUGCUCGGACGAAGUACCAUUUUCAAUGUGAUAUCAAUCGUACUGAGUUUGGUGAUUACAGUGAUUUUCUUACUUUUCGGCAUAUUCAACGCCGACAUUAAGAACUGGAAUCACAAUAUUGGUGACACUGCUGUCGAUAAUGCUGAACAUUCGACCGUCCAAACAGGUGGUUUUUAUGCAUACGGUGUGAACGGUGUAUUUAAGGGUGUUGCCAUCAUUUUAUUCAUGUUUAUUGCAUUCGAUUGCAUGAUCAUGAGCCGAUGGGCAAAAUCGAUUUGGUUUGCAAAACAACACACCACCAUCGGUGAUAUGAAACCAAUGAACAUUGAACAUUUUACCAAAACCAUAACCCAAGCCAUUCUAUCAAUUAACACAGUCAUUUUACUAUGUUUACUCGGUAUGGCAUUUGCAUUGACGACCAUUCAACCCGUCCAUUCGAUGGAUGAACAUUUACCAUUGAUAUCUGUUAUCAAAACAGUAUUCCGUGAAUCGAAUGAGAUGCAAACAGCCACUCGAUUCAUAACAUUAAUUGCUGGUUUCAUAGCACUUGCUGGCAGUUUAAAUGGAGUACUGCAUGCUGUACAACGUGUUAUGCACACGAUACUAUCGAACGAUGUGUACGAUUCAACAUUCAAAUUAUUUGGAAAGUUUGGCUUAAACCAUUUUCGAUGCAAAGAACUACGGCAGCAAUAUCAUGACAACGACCAAACAACCACCAUCGAACACAACAAUAAUCGAACCAACGACAUCGAAUGCAACGAAAGACGAAAAAACCAACAACGAUGGCAAAUGUACACUUGUUUAUUAUUAUUUUCAAUACUUUCCGGCUUGUUGGCUGGAUUAUUCACCGUUGAACAUCUCAUUAAUAUACUUUCGAUUGGAACGUUGCUCAUGAUGUUGGCUUUAACCAUUGACAUCAUGAUUUUGAGACACUGUGGCCGCUUCAAGCAACGUUUACAGCAUUCACAUGAAAACGGAACAUCGACACCGGGCACGAAAUCAAUACGCUCAAUAAAUUUGGUCACAAUUUUGCUGUUCGCUUACUGUUUGUUAGCUGCAAUAUUAGCCAUUCUUAUCAAAUUCAUGCUGUCAAACGAUGACAUCAUUUCACCGAUAUUGUGUUGGAUUUUCAUUGCUGUUUUGGUAGCCAGUUUGGUGGUCAUUGUUUUUGUACUUGGUAUACAACCGAAAGGGAAUGCAGUGUUUUCACUCAGUUUUAAACAUCCAUUUUUACCAGCCAUCAUCUCAUUUGGAUGCAUCUUUUUAUUUACCACAUUCGAAGCAAUCGCAUGGAUUCGAUUCGCUGUUUGGACGAUAAUUGGCUUAAUUCUCUAUUUUUGUGCAUUGAAAUACCAACCACCACGCAAGAUGCCGGCAAAUGGUGUGUCGAAUAAUGCAAUCACUCCAGAAAAUGAUUUGAAUCAAAGCGAAUACACCGAUACAAUGACGGCGUCCUUUGAAACUAUAGCAUUGGAAAAUAUUGAGCGUUCUUCGACUGGAGUUAAAGAGGCAACAAUUUUAAAUCAACAACCGAAUGUAAUAAUAAAUCAGUUAUCGAAUGAAACCAACUCGAAAACCAAUCCAGUUCAACCGAGUCAGGUCAAAUGUGAACCCAUCCAAGUGGUGAAAACUAUCGAAACGGAGAGUGUUGAAUUUGAGCUUGAUGAUGUGACAAAAAGUCCAAUUCAAGAAUUUGAUAUUUCACCGCAAUUUGCCGUCGCAAAAUUAUCUCAAAAACAAAAUGCCAUCGAUCAUUCAAAAUUGGACGAAAUUUCAUCAGUCGAUGAUAUCAAAGAUACAUGCAUUGAGUGUCGUGAGCCGAACGGUACUACUUACUUUGUGGAAGUAGAUUUUGUGCAAAAUUCCGUCGAAAAUGAUAGAAACAAAUCUGAAUCGCCUAUACAAAAUGAACACCAUAUUAAUGAGUACACCGAAGAGUUUGAGAGAAAUAUGCACGAUAGAGUAUUAAGCCAAACAAUAAUUCAUAAUAAGCAAAUUGAUGAAUCACCACGGUCAUUGAUUUUGUCUAUACCGUCUGAGUUUGAAGACAGUGAAUCGGAGGAGGAAAAAGAAGUGCGUGCAAUUGUUCAUGUUUCAAGUGAAUAUUCAAGUCAAUUUGAAUCAAAUUCGUCGAUAAGUGAGUCCGCAAUUGAGACCGCCUCCGAACCAGUUCAUUCUGAGCAACAUGUUACACUAAAUGUCAAUGACUUCGAGCAAUCAACGUCAUUUAUUGAAAAAUCAAAUACGCCACCGCCGAUUAAUCCACCGGAAAUCACAAGCGAUCCAAUCACUCAUCCUGGUGUCAUCAAGCCAAUUAAUUCGAGUGAAACAAAUUCAAGACGUGGUCCAAAUUUCCAUAUUGGUGUCUAUGAAGCGUUACCAAAGCAAAAAUUACUCUAUGAAAACGAUGAGAAACGAUUGGCCCUUAAAAUGCGUCUAGAGAAUUUAUUCGGUCAAAACGGUGACGAUGUGACCGCAACCAAAUCGAAUUUAAAUUCACUCAGUCCAACAAUACCACAUGCAUUGCGUGUGAAUACAUCGUUGAAUCAUUCGAUUAGUGCGCCGGAUAGUUUAGUCGUUGAAGACAUUGACAAUGAUCCGAUGAAAGUGAUUCCGGCCAAAAUUCCAAUUCCGCCUGCAUUUAAUCAAGAGCUAUACAAUACGAUCGGUCAUCGAAAUCGAAAGGUAUUUUCAUCGGUGUCGAAUGUGAUUGACAUCAAUGGUACGACAACUGACCGUCCGCCCAGCGAAUGUGUUAAUAAAAAGGCAAAUCUGUCGCGAACAAAAGCCCACGAAAAUCUCACCGAAUUGGAUGCACUCGAAAAUGAUAGAGAUGAUACAUCAACGCAUGCCAUAAAGCAAAAGCUUGAAGAAAUUUUCAGUAAAGGUCGUCGUAACGUACACGCGAAUGAUGUGUUAGAUGCAUCAACAAACAAUAAUAAUGAAAGCCAUCAACGACGUAGCACCAAACAAAUCGGACCAUUCGAUACGGUGCGAAAGCAAAAAAUGCUAUUCAGUGAUGUUUUAAAAUCCAUUGCGGCCAUGCCUGAUAUUCAUGCCAAUUUACAUCCGACCCAUAACACAACGGCUGCCAUCGACAUACAAGAGACACAACGCCGCGAAUCACUGGAUUAAAUGUACACGAACGCGAGAAAGAGGAAAUAUCCAUUUAAACUUACCAAAUAGAGUGUGCAAAAACACACACACACUUUGGAACAAAGCUAUCAAUAAAUUCAUGAGAUUAUUUUUUUCUGUCUGUUCGUUA